UAAUUUUCAUGAAUCCUGCGCGAGAGCUCCGCCCCUUUCAUGCGGCGUCCAGCCGCAACCGGAAGCAAAAGGGCAUUAACACCCACUCGGCUGUGUGCACCUGAGGCAGCGCUGCGCAUGCAUGCCCACAUGUCUUAGAGGGAAUGUUGCACCAGACUAUUGUGGCUACUUCCCUCGAAGUGUCUGACAUUAUCAUAAAAUAGUAUAUCGGCAGCCUAGAUGUGCCCCGGCCAAAUAGCAGGGUUGAGAUUGUAACCGCUAUGAGACGCAUCCGGUAUGAAUUCAAAGCCAAAAAUAUAAAGAAGAAGAAGGUUAAUCUGGUGGUGUCCAUAGAUGGUGUAAAGGUGAUCCUAAAGAAGAAGAGGAAGAAGAAAGAAUGGGACUGGGAUGAAAACAAGCUGCUGGUGAUGCAUGACCCGAUCUACAGGAUAUUUUAUGUGUCCCACGAUUCCCAGGACCUGAAGAUCUUCAGCUACAUUGCUAGGGAUGGCUCCAGCAACAUCUUCCGUUGCAAUGUUUUCAAAUCCAAGAAAAAGAGCCAAGCUAUGCGCAUUGUCCGAACAGUGGGCCAAGCAUUUGAAGUUUGCCACAAGCUGAGUCUGCAGCACACUCACCAAAAUGCUGAUGGCCAAGAGGACAGCCAGAGUGAGAAGGACAGUGAGGGCUUGGCAACAGCAGCUUGUAGUCUGCCUGAAGCUGAGCCCGCUCAUACUGCUGAAGAGACGGACAUUGAUGCAGUAGAUGUUGGGCUACCAAGAAGUGAUCAUUUGGAGUUCAACAGAGGGGUGACAGACCUUGACGCUGUUGGUAGAGAGUCCCCUGGCCUGCUUUGCAGCAAGGGCUUGCUUCAUAAUGAGAACAUCCUAACAGCUUCGCCCAAGAUGCUACUGCCUUCUUCUGCCCAGUUGCCUGAGCCAGAGGCUCCUCUUUCUGCUCACCACCAAAUGCAGUUCCUCCAGCAGCUCUUGCAGCAACAGCAGCAGCAGACUCAAGUUGCUGUAGCCCAGGUACAUUUGCUGAAGGACCAGCUGGCAUCAGAGACAGCCGCUCGCCUGGAGGCCCAGGCCCGAGUACACCAGCUCUUGCUGCAGAAUAAGGACCUCCUUCAGCAUAUCUCACUUCUUGUGAAGCAGGUGCAAGAACUGGAGGCAAAGCUGUUGGGAUCCAAUGCCAUGGGCUCUCAAGACAGUUUGCUGGAGAUCACCUACCGAUCAGGGGCCCUGCCUGUUCUGUGUGACCCCACCACCCCUGCACCUGAGGAGAGCCGCCUGCUCCAGCCAGACCACAGCUUCUCCAACAUUGCCAGCUCUUUGGGCAGCCCCUUAGUUGACAAAAGCAUGUUUGAAAAUUCAAACACAACGCCUGCACCAAAGCUGCUGGUUGACAAAUCUGCUGCCCAGUCCUCUCCAGGUAUGCAUCGGCGGAGCCAGCCAGAAAGGGGUGGAAGCAGCCAGCAUCUCAAGAACAUCGGCAAGACAGUUGGUGCCAAAGUCAAUGACUUCCUGCGCAGGAAAGAGCCUGCUAACUACAGCAACAGCUUUGGGGUAACAGAAGUCAAUGAAGGUGCAGGGGCAGCACUCUCCUACAGGGGAGACACACUGCAGAAAGGCCAGGACCAGACAGAAGGGCAGAUACCAACUGAAGCCAUUCCUCGACUCAACCCACCACCUGUUAUUACCAAAAAACGUACCCCAAGAGCCCUGAAGACCCCUCAAGAUAUGCUGAUUGCUUCCCAAACAUCAGUGGAUAGCACAGAAGCCUCCUUUGCAGAGGAAAACCAGGACUAUGUGUCCCAGUGUGACAGGACAGAGGCAGCGUGGGGAGAGACUGCUGCAUUGGAAGAGGAAGAAGUUAGAACCGAUUCUAACAGGAUCUUUGGUGUGCCUGAUCUUAUUCAUAAGGAAAAACUAGAAACCCAGCUGAAUGCUGCUUACAGAAUAUCCCCUUCCUCUUACCCAGAAAAUUUGGCUCUCAAGCUCAAUUUGAGUGUUGACAAGAGUGUCCCUGAAUGCCCGUUAAAGAUCAGCACUGACCCAUCAAAGAUGAAGGCAUCCACUGUAGAAAGUGAGGCCCAGAGCCCAGACCUGCUAUCCUUUGACUAGAGGUGUCUUAUUUCACCAACAGCUGUAGCAGUGCUUCAGUUCAAUAGGUAAAAAUUGCAACCUUAGUUGUUCUUUUGAGAGAGGUUCUAAGCCAGGUGUUGGAGUUGAUCCUGCAUCCACUGAGGGAAGCUUCAGUCCUCAGGUCAUUGUGGCAGGAAGCAUCUUGAAAAAAUGCAAGCAUUUCUCUCAGCAGCUAGACGUUUUGGACACACUGUGGGAAGCCAGCCAUUGGCAAUGCCCAGCAGUGGUGGUUCUGCCCCAGACACUACAAGGAGCAUGGACAAAAGUAGUCUGCACAACCAAAAUGUAAGGUUCAAUGUACUGCAGUGGCACUCCUGAACAUAUUUUCAAGAUACUGUACAUUUUUCACAGCAUUCUGAGUUGAAAUAAUUCAAGAAAUGAACUCUUUGUGUUUCUCUCUCUCUCUCAUUUUCUCUGGAUACAUUUUAUGAGCAAUGCAUGAAAAUGCUCCCACUUCCCUGGAAUACAGCUGUGCUUCAUGGCAGUCCUUCCAUUCUGGAUUCUGAUCACUAUCAAUGUGCCUACACCUCAAAGCUUCGCAGGAAUUUAUGAUCCAACGUCACCUUCAAAAGCAAAGAACUCAGAGCACUAACACUUUUCCAAGAACCGUUUCCUUCAAAGAAGGCCUUUUCCUGUGAAACCCUUACAAGUGCAUUGUGUUUCUCCUUACCAGUAGUUCUGAAUGUCAUGGAUAGAGAAAUGAGCCUUGGUUGCUACAGCUUUUGUUGUACACAUCUAUACCAGAAAGCACUUGGGAUCAACUUAAUUAACAAAUCCCUUAAUAUCUUAACAUGUGAAGGAAAAAGCCUCUUGUGCUUGAAUCCACUCCCAGGAGGGCAGAUAUGCAAUCAAACUGGGCUUUUUCUGUACCUGGACCAACAUAUUUCUGUAAUUUAUAAUGCUGUCUACAAAAAUUCAGGUAAAAUGCUGCUUAUCCCAAGAGGCCUUAGUCUUUUUUGGCAACUGGAUUGCCAAUCUGAUGUUAUUAGUAAGACCAACAAGAAUCUUAGGACUUGAUCAAGCACAGGUGAAAUCCUCUAGCACAGUGGUUCUCGACCUUUGCCCCCUCCCCAAGGCUUUGAGCUUCAGAUCUCAGAAUCCCUUGCGGAUUAGGGCUUCUCAGAGCAGGGUUAAAAACCACCGCUCUAGAAGAGCAUCUUGCUCAGGAGCCAUACUUGGUUGGUUGGAUGGACGGACGGACGGACGGAUGGUGCUUUCUUACCAGUUCAGCCCACAAUGUUUCUGUAAGUCCUCAGGUGUAGGCCUUAAUAUCUCUCUCACUUGAAUGUAAACUAUGCUAAAUUGCUGUCUGUAUUGUUUUUCAUAAAGUAGACAGUUGCUGGUGCUGCUGGCUUUCUCCUCUGCUGUUGCCUACAUUACUCCGGAACAGAGAUGGGGGAGGAGGAGAUUUGCACUACAAAUGCUUGACUGCACUUGGAUUGGUGAUGAGCAUAUUCAAUAACACUGUCUGGAAAUGCCAGUUUAAUCUAUUUGGACAUGAACAGCUUUCAGUAAGCUCUGCAAUACCACUGCAGGUUUUCAUAUAAUUUAUAGACUGCAUCCUGAAUUGGAUAUCUGGCCACAUCUUCUUGCCAAGAAUUAUUGCCCCCCACCAAUCACUCUCAUUAUUCUUCUGUCCCCCUUUUUUGUGAUCAAGGUUAGUUUAAAGCUUGAGACAAAUAUGCACUGAUAUUUGAAAUUCAGUUACCUACUCCUGUUUCAUUUACCCAGAUUCAAGGCUUCUGAGUAUGGAAUCUCAUAAGCUUGUCAACUAAUGUCAAAUACUUAUAUUACAGUGGCAUGUCAUACAUUAAAUGCUGUAAGAAAGAGCAAUUCUUACAUGUGAUUUGUCAGACACUGUUAAAUAACACUAUAUGUCAUUGUAUUUUGUGAGUGAUAGAGCAAAGGUGUUUCCAGACAAGGCGUUUAUCAUGCAGUUGCUUCACCUCAAACAUAGAACUGUAUGAAGAUGUGUAUUUAUCCAGACAGUAUCUGGGUUCAUAUCACAAAAAAGAUUUCACCUGAACAUUAGGGAAAAUUUCUUGAAAGAGCUGUUUGACAGGAGAAUAGACUUCCUCGGGAGGGGGGGGUAUCCAUAGCUUAAGCUUGACGAU